AUGCGAUUCCAACUCAUCUCCGUCAUCGCCUUGGGACUCUGCGCAUGGCAGAGUGCGGCUAAGGAUCCGGACCCAUAUUGGUGCUCGGUGCUUAUUGACUGCCCCACCUUCACCUUGAAAAACUUAGUCGAGGUAGACAGCGGAUUUUCGAAAAGAAUUAGUGGUAAAGAAUACUUCUUUCGCUUCCACGAGGGUUGCGAUGUUUCUGUAGAUGACGGCAUAUGGCCGACCGAGUGUACAGUCUCGGCGACGAAGGCCAAGCAAGAUUGGGCUAAGCUCUACGUUCAAGUGUACAAAUCCCGCAGACGCUCGAGCUGCUUUGGACGCUCCUAA